AUGCCUAGAGACUGGCGACAUUCAAUAGUCGACCUUACAAACGGCGACGACGAUAGUGAUGACAGCGAUAAAGGUUCACUGGCUUCGUUACCCAUGGUCAUGGGCCCUUCCAACACCCAACAUGUCGCAUCGCCCACAGGUUCGCGACUGACGAAUGCGCCCCGGCCCGUGCCUGCCAUAGCGCGACAAGAAGCUGCAUACCCACUUUUCCCACAAAGCACAUCGCAGCCCGCUGCGCUCCCAUACACAAACUCUAUAGCGUCACAGCAUACACACGUUGGAGGUACAUCGUUCAUAAACUUGAGCACGUCGUCGGGCGCGGUCACUAUGGGGAAUAGCGCAAGCAAAUAUGUGCCUAUGCCAAGGCAUGUAUAUGCUGAGACAAGUGCAUCAGACUACGCUGAGAGGGCGCCAAAGAGGAUGCGAAUGGAUGCUGCAGGCACCUCGUCAACACCAAGCACUCCGAGCUUACCUAUGCCCGCUCCAGCGUAUACACAACCAAUAACGCAGCAGGCAAACACGAGGCAUCAGAACGGAACGUCUAUACCGCCGCCUUUUCGAAACCUCGCUCCUAGUGGCUCUACGCCCUGGAAACCUGGGACCGAGGGCAGGCCUCCUUCUGUUCAAGACAUCAACCGAGCGCUGAAGACGAAGACGAGACCGACACCUGUCCUUGGAAACUUGGACACGAGCACUCCACGUACACUGCAUAUCAGUCGGAAAUCCCCGAGUAGUCCUUUCGCACGAAAUGGAGCAGGUCCUGAUGGAUAUGUUGGUGAGCCUGUUCCGUUGACAACAUCGCACACACAAGAGGAGGCGCGAAACUUGCCGCAGGCUCCCAUGGGGCAACCUACAUAUACCUCAUACUCCGUUUUCCAAGAUGCACGGAGACCAGAGAUCGCCAUGAGCGCAACAAGUAUACCAGGUCCAGCACAGGUCCGUCCUCCGUCGGCCACAGAAAAGGCCUCGUCAAGACCAAGCUACUUUGCUGACCUUGCCCAGGAGCCGCGAGACGAGGACAAUGAUAGUGUCAUUUCAGAUAUGUCGGAACCCCCAGAACCAGUCUCAAAGCCUCGGGAACAGACUAGCAAUGUUACGCCCCAUUCGUCGCGGAUAGCUCCACCCACCAUGCCAGCGCAUCCUCAGCCCACUCCAGGAGGAAAAUCUCGGCGCAAGAACGGCACCUGUCAAUUCGACAUGGCUCAAGAUCACUUUCUAAUCUUCUUGAAAGAAGUCAAGCAAUACAAAUGGUCAGACAUCACCGCGGAGUACAACAAGUACAUGCCUCAUCGACAAUAUCAUUCACUGCAGUCGCGUUACUCCACGCUUUUGAAUAAAAGAGACCGAUCGCAAGAUCCGUCCACUCUCAUCUUGCCCCCUCAAUUUGCUUCAGAAGCGAACAUCGACUGGGCAAAUAUUCACCCACUCGGCCCUUCCUCCAAGCCACCCAGGCCACCCCUACAGCAUAAUACACCGCGCUUAAAUUUUGUACGUAACCCACCUACCCGGCUUCAGGAGCAAGUUUCGAGCCGGCUGCCUAUCCAGCAGGCUGAACAUGACUACUCUUCCGGUGCAGACUCUGCGCCUCGACGUGAGCGAACACGCCGUGCGCAACGGGUAAAUUAUACCUGGCCAAAACAACGAGGUGUCGCAGCAGACGACCUGGACAACACGCCUAAGGAGGCCGUUCGAAGCUAUUCAAGUGAUGAAGUUUUUGCAAGGUCUGAAUCGCCUCCAGAAGAAGACGCUCCUCUACCUAGCAAAGCCGUCGCUGUAGAUAAUAUCCCAGUAGAUGUCGAAUUCGAGGUAGAAGACGCAAAAGUAGGAUUGAGUUUACGGAGAAAGGGCUUGCGCGGUACAUCGACUAAGCUCGUGCCCUACUUAAGUGCUUCGCAGCGUUCCUCAAUACAACACCCAACUGGCCUGGAUUGGGAUCAGCUAUCUAGUCGCGAUUGGCAAAACGAAGUCUUGCAUGUUGAUUUCAGCACGGCUGAACUCAGGAUAGUAGAGAAAGUGGUGUCGUCAAUGAAGAAAAUGUCGAGGUCUAGACAUGCUACUUUGAAAAGGCAGCUCAGGGAAACCCUCAGAAGCUUGAACGAACCCAAGAUGAUACAGCUGGUGGACGAGCUUCGACGACAAUUGCCCCUUCGGGAUAGGUCCAGUAUUGAGGCGUUUGUACAGGACGCCAGGGCAGGCACCGUCGCCGAACAACCACAGGUCAAAAGGCUUGCAGCUGCUCGCCCUGGGCUCGCAAUGAGUUCCAUUGAGAAGCCAUCCACCAUGUCCAUGAUACGAGAACGUGAGCUGGGCCGCCAAUCACGAAGGGGUUGGCAAGCCGCGUCAAAGCCUCUCACAUAUCAGGUUAAAAACAAGUACAUGGAUAGCCUAGGCCCAGCAAAAAGUUGGACAGGUGCGUCGAGCGAUAUACACACCCUGGCCUGGGCACCGGAUGGCGAGCACUUUGCAGCUGGUGCGGUUGCAGUCGACGAUCCCGACUCGAUACAGUAUAAUCGGCCCAACAAUCUUUUGUUUGGGAAUAUGACGCAUGGCACGAUACACGAACUGGCCGAACACUACAAGAAGCGUGAGAGGACGGAGAGUGGUGCAAACUCUAGCCACGCCAUGUUUGCUUCGCAAGAUCCGAAGUUGUACACGACAGUCAGUGCCGUUGCCUUUUCAACUACUGGCAGAUUCAUGUACUCCGCAGGAUAUGAUGAGCAUAUAGGCAUCUGGCAUACGGAUACCGACUCUGUCCAGCCCAUCUUAGGUGCGAAGCUCAAUGUUCGAGCGCAAAUCGACAUUCUAUCAGUCAAUCGUACGCAUGAAGGCAUCUUGGCAACUGCAGCGAGGUCUGUCGAUGAGAAAGCCAUCAGGCUGCUAAAAAUUGACGCAGAGGAACCGUCGCGGUUCGAAAAGAGGAGUUUUCACUCUAACAAGGCCGUCUCACGUGCAGAUUUGAAGAUUCUCCCAACAGCUUUACAAUUUGAACCGAAAUACGGCAAUUAUUUACUUGCAGGCUUUGGUGCCAACACCAGAGAAUCCGCCUUGGAUAUGACGGGCGACCUUUGUCUGUGGGACAUUGAAACUCAAACUUCACUCUAUAUCCACGGUUCCAACAAGAACGUGUUCGACGUUGAGUUCAAUCCGAACCGCACUAACAUGCCAUUGUUCGCUGUGGGAUGUGUGGCAGGAGCUAGCGUCAACAGAGGCACCCGCUCUCUCAUUCGUCUAUAUGAUGUCAAUGGUCCCGAAAAGUUUAGUUGUCCCCUCGAGUUCGAAUGCAAAGCGCUUGAUAUGAACGACGUCGUAUGGUGUCCAUAUGAUGAGCAUCUUAUCGCGGCUGGAUGCACGGAUGGUCGGGCAUACAUCUGGGAUAUUCGGUGGCCCGAUGAUCCACUCCGUGUUCUUUCCCAUGGAGAAUCUUUGAUGCCGCUACAAGAGGGUGUGAAGCAUGAGGUCACAGAUACAGGUGUGCGAUUCUUGUCCUGGGGCGAGAACGCAACAAGGUUGUACUCUGGUUCUUCGGACGGCGUGGUCAAAGUCUGGGACGUCACACGUGCGGAGGAGAAUACUUUCAUCAAGGAUCUGAUUACGACAGACUCCGGUAUUAUGUCGGGUGCUUUCAGUGCAGAUUACAGCAAGCUCCUGGUGGGCGAAGUCAACGGCUCCGUCAAUUUGCUCGAGGUAGGCAGAAACAAUACAUCGCUCAAAGAGACAGAGAGACUACGCUACAUGCCAUACGAAGACGACGAGCAAGACGAGAUCCAGGAUGCCGCCGGGGACAUUACGCGCUCCAUCCCCGACUCUGGUAUCGCAGAAGCCAAUCACCUCCUUGACAAUAACCAGUUACAACUCGUACCCAUGGGUAGCUUACCUAUCCGACAAGCCAUUCAAGGACCGAAUUACACUGGCCCCUUCGACAAUAGCCCCGACGCACCCUUCCUCCGUGCCCAGGCUCAGAUCUUCCAGCAAAGCCUCAUCGUCCCGCCCGGCCCACAAUGCAAUAUUCCGGCCUGCGUAGAGACCCCACCCACAAUCACCAGCGAACAAAUCGGCGAUUCAGGGAGAAGUCUGGAUCGUGUCCCUGAUGAGUUACGUCGCCAAUGGAAAACGGACGUCUCCAAACUAGGUCUUGUACCUGGACGAGCGAGAUGCACAUCCUGCGGCCGCCCUGCGAGACCUUCGCCUAGCGACGAUGUAACUGCUGAAAUCGAGGGCAGUGUAAUGUGUGAACGUUGCAGCUUCUCUUGCUUUCGCUGCGCAGCUACGAAUUCGGUGAAGCCAGCGACUACAACACUGAGCUGUGGAUUGUGUGGUGGCGUGUGGGAUAUUGGCGUCUUAGGGUACGAAUGUGUCCGUGAACCGCAUAGGAGUGUGGCAUCGGUGCAAAACGUACCCAGUCUGCGACGGUGGGGCAGGGAGGCGUAUGAAGAGUAUCUAGAAGAGGACGAGACAGGGUAUGGUGAUGAUGAUAAUGCGUUGAGUGAAUGGUUCUUGGGAUUGGGAAUAUGAAGGCAUGAAAGGGUCGAGGUUAAAUUAGGGGAGUUCACUUGUAGAUUAAGGCGGCGUUGAACAACUGCGCGUUUCUAUUCUAAGCAUUUUGGGUAAAAUAUUACCCAAAUGACGGUGGAUAGGUCACGCGCGUUUGCUGGUGCUGGGGUUAGAAUGAUACCCAUUUACUUUUUU